GCCCGCGCCCGGCCGGCGGCAUGCCCAACACGACGCUGCGACGCCGAGCCGUCACAGCUGCAGCAGCCGCAGCCGCAGCCGCAGCACGCAGCACAGCCCAGGCGCAGCAGCGGUGCGAUCAGCGCUUUCAUCGCGGCGCAUGCACGCAUCAGCAUGCAGCUCGCGUGCAGCGUUCUGCGCUGCUCAAGGGUGCAGGCGGGCGUGGCGGCGUGGCAGGCCGCCUGUCGCUGCGAGCGAUCUGCAGGGCGGCUUCGACGUGGCUGUGCCGCUUUGCUGCGGCGCUCCGGACUUCGACGCACAGGAGCGCUUCCUCCGCGCCCAGCCAAAUCUCGCCUGUUUGAAGUGCCUCC